UUAAGUUCAGUUCAGUAAAAAUAAGUUCAGCUCAAUAAAAAUAAGUUCAGUUCAGUAAAAUUAAGGUAAAUCAAACAGAGCCUAAACCUAUUGCACCGCAGCACUUACCCCGCCACAAUCAGUCCUACUCAGCAGUCUACACCGCUGAUUAGUCAAGUCCAGUCCAAUCUUUUCUCCCUUCCCUCUAUUUCUCGUUGCGUAUUUGACAAGCUUUUAUUUUACAUUAUUUAACCAACCAUUUUCACAAAAAAAAAACCGUUUUCUCUCCCUAAAAGUCUAAAACCAAAGCCACAACACAAACAAUGAACCCAGAUUCCAUAACCAUCAUUCCCGAUUGGAACCCCAACCCAAAUCGUCGCAAAACUUACACCGUCAAAUUCUUCGCCGAAACAAUUGACACCGUCGUUACCUCCACCCCCGCCGUCGCACGGCAGUGGGUUCACACUCUCCGGUACAACCACCGCCGUGCACUCUACACUUCCUCCCUCACCAUCGGCCUCGGCGUUCAAUGGCGUCCCACUUUCUCCCCUGACUCCGACACCGCCGCCACUCUCCAACUCUGCGUCGACUCCGACUGUCUCAUCUUCCAACUCCAUCACGCCUCCUCCGUCCCGGCCACCCUCAGGAAGCUUCUCGACGAUCGUGUCACCUUCGUUGGGGUCCACAAUGGAAGAGACUGGAGACUUCUAGAAGAAUCUGAGCAUAGGUUGGAAGUUGAGUGUUUGGUUGAUUUGGCUAAGAAAUAUGGGUAUGGGAAUUGGUCUAUGGGAGAAAUGGCGGCAAGAAUGGGUGCUGAUGACGUGGUUAAGCCUUAUCGGUUGGGAGUGAGUAAUUGGGAAGCUUAUUGGUUGAGUGAUGAACAGGUUCAGUAUGCUUGUGUUGACGCUUAUCUUUCUUAUUGUCUUGCUCGAGCUCUGCAAGAUCAAGAUGAUGAUGAUGAUGCUGUGAUGUCUUCUGAUGGUAAUGAUUCUGAUUAUUAUUAGUUACGCUGUCCUUCGUAAUUUAAAUUACACUAUUAACAUGAUUAUUAGUAUUAGGGAAGCUAUACUAAUUUUGUUAAAAUAAAUACGGAUUUCUAGUUUUUGUAAUUUUGAUCACCUUUUUCGGCUGCUUAAUGUUGUUUUCUACACUCAUUGCUUUUAGUGCUUUACUACGGAGUAGUUUACUCGUAAUAUUUGGGUCUCAUAUUAGUAGAAUUUGUGCACAUGAAAUUAAAAAAUACUCGAGUUUAAUUCCACGUGAAUAGGUAUAGUAUACGCGGAUAACAAUUUCAAUGGAUGUUUAAGUGUUAGGAAUUGGAAAUACUUAUUGAUUUACUCCGUAUCUGCCAUUGUUCAUUUUAUUGAUUUCUCUGUUUUUUUUUGUUUUUUUUUGUCGGAUAAUAUAAAACUCCUUGAUUAGAGUUAUUACCAUUGAUCAAUAUUUAUAGGGUUACUAUGAGAAACCUAAUCAUAUUAGGUAACUAUAAGAUAUGUAUAGAUAUCAAAGAUAAUCUUAUACAAAAUAUAUCCUAAAUCUAGGAUGAGAAUAUUCUAUGGAUAUUCUCUAUCACACCCCCGCAGUCAGAGCGGGAAAAAACCGGAUGCUCAGACUGGAUCUGAAUC